UGCGUCGUCCUCUUUGCCGAGCUAUUCGCCGAUGCAACAUUCGUGAAAUUGUUAAAAGUGUUACUUUUACGUGGGCUUGCAGCUAGAAAUCGUCACCGCGCAAAUAAAAUCGUUGCACAAGCCGCGACACGUGUGUUUGUCUGCCCAAAGCGGCUAUUCAUCACCAUUUCGGGGCGUGUUUGGAGCGAGAAAAUGGAAAACGCAUGUUUCGUGCUCAGAUAAGACCCAGCUGAGCGUCGGUCUCGCUCAAAUUGCAACAAAUUGCGAAAAGCUUCCGGCUAGACUCACAAGCAGACAAAACAGCGACAGCGACUAGCCAAACAGCGGCUAAAAGCAGGACAAAGGCGGUGACAAAGUGACAACAGCAACAACAUCAACACGAACACAAUUACAAUCCCAACUUGAUACCAACACUAACCAAAAAACCAAAAAAAAAAAAAAAAAAAAAAAAAAAACAAAACAACAACAACAUGCACCCACUGCAAAGUAGUUAAAUAAUUCUGCCCUGUCUGCGCUUUAUUUCCUCUUCAUUCUUGUACUCGUUUUAAUUUCAACAAGUUUUCUGUUCUCGCUUUCCCCACAUCUCUUUCAAACCAUCCGACGCGCAGUUCUUUUUUCGUUACUACACAACAACAAAUACAGGAACAACAGAAACAGCAACAGCAACAUACAAAACACACACAAACACACACACGUACGCACGCACACAUUGGCUCUCAGACUAAAAUACACAUACACUCACGCGACACAUACAACGACAGUUUCUCUGCUGUGACGCAGCAGCCACCAAAAAGCACCUGCAAAAGCGGCACGAGACCAGCGACCGGCUCCCAGUGCAGCUGUCAUAGCGCAAAAAAAAAAGAAAAAUAAGCACCAACAACAACAGCAACACACACACACUUGUUGCAAACGCAGCAAAAGGAAGACAAGCGGAGAGGGAGAGAAAGAGAGUGAGCGAGUUAGUGAGUUAGUGAGAAAGGGACGUCAAGGCGGCUGUCUCUUUGUUAAGUGCCUAAGCAAUCGGCUAUCAGCGUUCAUUUUGCCGCCGUACUUACAAAAACGCAAAGAUGGUCAAGGAGAAACCCAACUCGACACGCAUCUAUGAUAAGGAUGGCUUCAGGCGACGUGCUGCCUGUAUUUGCGUGCGAGCCGAGAACGAAGCGGAGGUUCUGCUGGUUACAUCUUCACGCCGUCCAGAACUGUGGAUUGUGCCAGGCGGCGGGGUCGAGCCGGAAGAGGAACCCUCAGUCACCGCCGUGCGUGAGGUGCUGGAGGAGGCAGGCGUUGUUGGCAGCCUGGGACGUUGUUUGGGUGUCUUUGAGAACAACGAUCACAUGCAUCGCACCGAGGUGUUUGUAAUGAACGUGACCCAGGAACUAGAUGAGUGGGAGGAUUCGCGUAGCAUUGGACGAAAACGUCAAUGGUUUACCAUUGAUGAUGCAUUGUCACAGCUGGCGCUGCAUAAGCCCACCCAGCAGCAUUACUUGAUGCAGCUGCAACACUCGAAGACGCUGGAGAAUGCCCACACGCCAGGUCGUGUAGUGAAUGCCACGCAUCCGCCCAUAUUGGCAAAUGCACCCUCAGCGGCCGCGUCGCCCACAACGGCAUAAAGACAAAUGCAGAAAGAAUAAUCAUCUAUAAGCACACACCGCCUCACACAAACAACACACACACACAAAACACACACAUACACAAUUUGAAAACACAGUUAUUCACCCACAUUUUGACAUUUUGAAAAUUUACAAUUAGACAGGCAGUUGAUAAAUAUUUUCGGUAUAUUUAAAUCAUUUACCCAGCACCCGCUCUCCAUUAUAUUGACUACAGUCCGCAUCCUUUUCGAGUUUAAUUUAAGUCGAACGCUACAUUUAUGUUUUUAGAAAUUGUAUUGAAAAACAAAUGUAUGUACUUUAAAUAAGAGAAUGCAUAAAAAAACUAAAAAAAAAAAAAGAAAACUAAAUUAACAAAGAAGAAUAAAAUCUAUAACAUUUAAUAUAAUAAUUUUUGAGCGCAUAGGGCACUUUUUGCAAAACGAAAUACGUGUACUAACAAAAAUUAUGAUAUCUAUUAGAUUUUUCUACUCUUUUAUAAUUUACUCAAAAACAUCUUGAUUAUUGUAAUAAACAAUUGGAAAUGGCUUUAAAGAAGCGCUAAAA